AUGCCUCAAUUGACCUCUGUUGGUGCUAUCUACUGGUUGCACUUGGCUGGUCUUGGUAGCAUCCAGUUCAACAACGUUGUUAACCAAGCCAAGAGCAUCACCAUUUCCGACACUUCCUUGACUUCUCUUGAGGGUAUCAAUGUUGACAAUGUUGACACUUUUGAUAUCAACAACAACAGAUAUCUCAACGAGGUCAAUGUCAACCUUCAAACUGUUGCUCAAUCUUUGGACAUCUCGUUCAAUGCUCAACAGGUUUCCGCCUCGUUCCCCAGUCUUCAAUGGGCCAACAACAUCACUUUCAGAGACGUUUCGUCGAUCUCGAUGCCCAACAUCACUGUUGUCAAUGCUUCUGCUGGUUUCAUUAACAACACCGUCAACGGACUUGCCUUCCCCCAACUCACUCAAAUCGGUGGUUCUUUGGCUAUUGUUUCUAAUGACCAACUUUCCAACGUCUCUUUCCCUCAAUUGAGCACUGUUGGCGGAGGAUUCCAAAUUGCCAACAACACCCAAUUGGGUUCUGUUCUCGGAUUCCCCAAGGUCAAGUCUGUUGGUGGUGCCAUUGACUUCACUGGUAACUUCAGCUCUGCCCAAUUGCCCUCUUUGACUUUGGUCAAGGGUGGUGUUGACAUUGAGUCUUCUUCGUCCAAGUUCAACUGUUCGUCCUGGAACCAAGCUCACUCUGACGGUGAUAUCCAAGGAGACUCUUAUGUCUGCAAGGCCAAGUCUGUGUCGACCUCUGUUGCCAUCCACGCCACCUCUGGCGCCUCUUCUGGCAGCGGCUCUGCCUCUGCCACCGCUGCCGCCAGCACCACCUCGAGCUCUAAGGGCGGUGCCGUCCCCUUGGCCAUGGAAUACACCUCUGCUUUCGGUGCUCUGGCCGCCUUUGUUUUCCAAUUCGUUUAA